UCGGCCACCAUGACGUUUCCUUUGUCUCUACCACUCAUGGCUUCCUCCUCCUCCUCUUCAUCCUCUCCCUCCUUCUCCUCCUCCUCCUCUUCACUCAUUCCGCGUCUUUCCUCCAUCAGCAGCGGCCUGGAUGCUCCGCUGGGCUCGAACAUGGCUGUGAAUCUCGCAAAGAACAGACUGGCCCUGCUCACCGCCUACCAGGACGUCAUCGACGAGAGCACCGACACCGACUGGGCCUUGUACACGUACGAAGAUGACAGCAACGACUUGACGCUGGCAUCAUCAGGAGGGGGCGGCCUGGCAGAGAUCACGUUGACUUUUGAUCACGCCCGGGUGAUGUACGGCUUCUGCAGCCUGAAGGAGCCCAAUGCUGCCCUGCCGCGAUAUAUCCUCAUUAACUGGGUGGGAGAUGAUGUUCCCGAUGCCAGGAAGUGCGCCUGUGCUAGUCACGUGGCCACCAUUGCAGACUUCUUCCAGGGUGUGGCCGUCAUCAUCAACGCCAGCAGUCUGGACGACAUCGACCCGUCCGCCAUCGGACAGAGUCUCACCAACGGGGCGACGGUGGCGGCCAGUCCCGUCCUGAGCCGUCUGAAAACCAGAGAGGAGGAGCUCGCAGACGUGGGCGCGGUAUACCAAAAGACCAACGCAGAGGUGGAGAUGAAGAAAAUCAAUCGAGAAGAAUUCUGGGAGCAGGCCAAGCGCGAGGAGGAGCUGAGGAAGGAGGAGGAGAGGAAGAAGCUGGCCGAGGAGCGUCAGCGUUUCGAGGAGGAACGGAUGGAGCUGGAGCGGAAAGAGCAGGAGAACCGAGAGAGGAGGUACCGCGAGCGAGAGAGGCAGAUCGAAGAGCACAGGAAGAAGCUACAAGAAGAAGAGGAGGCCAAAGACAGGUUGCAGACUCAGACAACCUUACCUGCAGAGCUGAGCAUCGAUGACCUCAGCCUGGACAAGAAGGAGUCUGAAGUGGAGGUUCAGGAGGCGAAAGCCAUCAUAGCUCAGCGGUCAGGAAACCCCCGCGAGUUCUUCAAGCAGAAGGAACGAGCCAUGACCAUCACUGUCGACACCUCACCUGUCACUUUGAACCGCGCCUGGGACAACGACGAGCAAGCCAGCGGGGAGCGCAAUGUGGCCGCCAUCUCGCCCAUCCCCAAAAUCGUCACCACGCCCAUCAAGGAGGAGCCCAAAAUGGAGAACGACUUCGCAUUUGACUGGGAGCCAAAGCAGGAGCAGAAAGCUCCGAUCCAGGAGUCCAGCACCGCCAAGCCGGUACAGAGCGUGGCCCCCCGGGCCCGCGAGCCCGCCGCCUUCUCCGCGUGGGAUUCGACUACAGACGACCUGGCGGACGUGUGGGACGCCGCCCCCCCGGCCGAGCCCCCCCGCGCCUCUUCCAAUCUGGUGGACCUGAUGGACGACCCGCCUCCCGGGGACCUCGCGGACGGCGCCGGCGGCGUUCGCUCGCAGCCGCUCCUCAGCUUCGACGACGUGAUGGACGGCGGCCCGUGCUCGGCGGCCGACGACGACCCGACCAGCCUGGUGGACGUCGACGCCGCCGAGCAGAUGACGCUUAGCUAUCAGCAUGCGCUGCAGCACGCCACCGGUGACGGUCAGACGCUCAUGACCAAUGGCGAGAUGCUGAUGAAGGAAGCAACUCAGGCAAGUGAAGGCUACUUCAGCCAAUCGCAGGAGGAGGAAUUCGGCCAAUCAGAGCAGGGCUCGGCAAAACCCGCACCUGUCUUUUAUAACAAGCCACCAGAGAUUGAUAUCACGUGCUGGGACGCCGACCCCGUGGCGGACGACGACGACGACUAGCCGCCCGGCCGGCAAAUCGGGGGCCAAAAGGCUGAAAAUGAGCAAGUGCGCUUCAUAAAAAGAAACCGAUUUUUCUAUGAAAAAAAAUACAAGAAAAAAAUUGUAAAAACACAAGGAAACAAAGGAAAAGGUCUGCAAUGAAAACGACGUGUGUAUCUUUUUUUUUAUUUUUUGGAGCAAAAUAACAGUAGCCGAGCGAGCGGGUGUUUCGCUAUAAGACUUUUUUCUGUGUGUUUAUUUAUUUCUUUUUUCUUUUUUUUUGCUAUGCAGAUGUAAUAACCAGGAUGUUCAUGAGAUAGCUCAGUGCUAUGUAAAGCUAUUUGAGCAUUUAUUCACUAUCCAGUUUAAGGUCCACAUACUAGUACACCUUUUUCUCACUAGCAAAGACGACUGAAUUGUACUUGUAUCGGUUUUUUUUUUUUUCCCACUACUUUCAAUUUAUCAGUGUGUAAUUAAACCUGCGCUAUACUCACAAAAGUGACUUGAAGACAUUUCUGCUUACUAGUUGGACAAUUGCAGGUGAGGCGACACUGCACUAGUAGACAGUAAGUGGAGACAAAGAGUGGACUAGUAGGUGGACCUCAAGAAAAUCAAGGAUGCGCUCUUUGUUGAACACGUUGAAACUAGUGCAUCUAGUAAGAUGAUCAAAUUUUACUAGUUAACAUCUAGAGCUUGAUGAUGAUAUUUGAGCAUUUAUUCAAUAUUGGAUAAAUGGUCUUGAGCUGCCUUUCUUCUCAUUUUGUUCGAGUUGCUUAAUCUUGUAUUUAGUCAGCCUGAGGCUAAAUAUUUAUUUAUCUAUCGCAUGGAAAGCAAAAUAUCUUUUUUAUUUUAUUUUGCGGCUAUAGGCGUCUCAAUUUCAGUGCAUUUUUCUCUUUUAGCAGCGUGGGACUCAAUUGUGAAGUUUGCCCUUUUUUUUUUUAUGUAUUUACAGAUAAAAAAAAAAAAAAGCAUCCUGAUGAUUAUACUGUAGAUAUUUUUCCAGGUUUUUAGAAUAUUUUUUUUUUUUAACAGCAAUGAACAUGUUGCACAGUAACAGAAAUAGUUUGGACAUGUUGAUUUGGAUUUUAUCAAACCGUUAAAUGGGUUGAAAAUUCAAAGACAACCAAAUAUCAAAAACAAAAUGUGCUACAAUUGACAUUCAGAACACUUUUGAAAUAUUGGCAACAACAUUGUUUUAGUCUCUCUUUUUUUUGCUGUAUAAAAACUGUAGAAAACUAGGCAAUAACAAUAAUAUUAGUGUUAAUACUCCAUGUGUGUGCGUGACAUCAUCGGGCUCCUUGUGACGCUCACGUCAACAUCAGUUCAUAAGUAUGCAACUUUUACUUUGCUGUUUUAGUUCAUUGUUAUGUUUUUUUGAACUGAUUUUUAAUCUUACAAAAGAUUUGUAAAGCGAGGAAAAAGUCCUAAAAUCACAAGGAAUAUGAAUUGAAAUUACAACCUUAUCAUAGAAUACUUUAUGUAAUAUUCCUCUUAGUGCUACCACUCAAUCUUAGGACUUUUUCCCCCUACAAAAAUAAAAACAUGAUUUUGACGUUACAAUCUCAGUGUAUUCAAAUCUGGUCGUGAAAAUAAAUGUUUAAUUUAUUUGGGCCUUAUGGGCAAUGAGAAGAAUUCAAAUAAUAAAGUAAUAAUGCCAUUAAAUUAGAA